CAUCAAUUCCCAUAAUUUCAUUGUUUAUACUUGUAGGAGUCCUACUUUUCUUAAAUCUAUGGUUGUAUGUUAAGGUUAGUUCUUUUAUAAGUUUGUUUGAUUUUUGUCAUUGUGCGACGCAGCGUAUCUCAAAUAUCAGCAGGCUUGUUGGAACGAAAAGUUCAUUAGAAUGAAAUAGUUAUAUUGUCAUUUUGCAGUAAAAAUAUCAUGCCUCUGUAAAUGAAAUGUUACAGUUUAAUAUAAAUUCGAAGCUAAUUUGUCUUUUACAUGAGAUUGUAAAUAUUCGUAUUUUGAAUGGGCGCAUCAUCUGUUGUCAUGCCCGCCAUCUACUUUGUAUAUAUAAUUGCUGAAGUGCAGACAUACAGUAGUACACAUCGAAGCACACAUUCCUCGCCGUCCGCGUGAUAAUUAUUUCAUUGUUAUGUAUCUCUUAUAGCUCAUACGUAUAUAGAGUUGUAAGUGCGCAUAGUGUGCAUCUGCAGCAAUAUGGGCUGCAGUUGUGCGUCGUCACAAGGAAGAUUUUGGGAAUCGAAGCAUCGAUCUGAUUUAAAUUAAUUUCGUAUGGUAAAGUCGUUAAUUAAAGGAAGAUAAGAUAUUUGAAGGAUCUAAUGCAUCUCUCCCCUUUUCAUUUUUCGCUCGUUCGCUUUCUUUUUCCCUCUCGCUUUGUACCCAACUGUUGUUAAUCCCCCUCUCUUUAUUUCAUUGUCUGUCUCUGUCGUACUGUGCGCGUUGAGGAGAAGGUAAAUAACGGAUCAGCUGAUGAAUGACAGCAGACGGAACAGAGCAGUGUACCCAUUAUUUUUUCGGUUUGCUGCUCAUUACUAACAGUUUCGCUUCUACUAUUCCUCUCUUUCUACUUCGAGUAGUCCAUGUAUCUUGGGUUAUGGCGACGAGCAGUUCCGAUGGAUCCUGCACGAUGCCCACGGAUUUCCAACUUUCCUCCGAGUUGGAGGAUGUGAACGAGCGACUCGGUAUUAAUCUCCUCAAGUGUCCAUUAUGCCAUAAUGGACGAAGAAAUUUCUAUUGUAGACAAUGUGUACAAAAUGGGGAAUUCGUCCAUUCGGUUUCAGUUUACACUGAACGAUUUGUCGAUAAGCAACAACGGUUCUUAAGGUUAAACCUUGUACGAAAUCAGCUGGAAGAAAAAUGUACAAAAGCUCUUGAAAAACAUAAACAACGUGAUAAAUUGAUUUGUGAUAUAAAUGCUUGUAAAGAAAGAAUAAGACUACUCCAAAAUCUUGAAAAUGAAACUAGACAAAAUAUAAUUAGAGGGAAUCAACGAUUACAUAUUUUAAAGGAAGUUAAUUCACAAAUUGUUUUAAAAUUACCAAGGCAUGAAGAGCAAGUAGAAAAAUUACGUAGAUGCGUCAUUGAUUUAAAAGUUAGACAUGAAAGGCAGAAAGAAUCCGUAGAAAGAAAAAGGCAACAAUUGAAGAAAGUAAUAAGAAUAGCUGCAAAGCAAUUAAUUCAAUAUAUAUUUCCAUUAAGUCAAGUUGAGCCUACUAAAAGCGAAGAUGAUGGAUCCAUUACGGAUAUGGUUACUUGUGCCCUUGCUGAUGCUUCAGGAACAUCAUACGUACGUGGAAAAUGGAUCAACGAUACAGAGAAUAGUCUAGAAGUACAUCAUCGCAUUGUUGCGCCUACAUUACCUGGGUCUGGAGAUUAUAGUGCUUACUCACUGUGGGUGGCAGAAAAUAAAGACAGCGUACCUGGUGGAAAUAAGGAAAAUGCAAUACACAAUCCUGCAUAUAAUAUUAAUGCAGCCCUUACAUAUGCUACCCAACUUGUCAAUAUUAUUGCUUAUUAUCUUAACGUUCGACUUCCAUAUAAACUUGCAUACAGUGAAUUUUAUGGAAGUGAAAUGUCAGAUCAAAAAUUUGCUAGAAAAGUAGCAAGGCUUAAUAGUAAUAUUUUGCAUCUUUGCUUUACUCAAAAUACUGAUACAUCGGUGUUACAUCCAAUGCAUACUCUAAAGAAUCUUAUGCAUUUACUAAACACUGAAAUUAGUGAUUUAGGAAGAAUCGGCCCCAUCGAAAUAGAUCCCAAUGUGAUUACACAUUUGCACAAUCAAUUAGUUACAGAUUUAGAAAAUAGUGAUGAUUCUGCUUCUGAUGAAGAAGAAGAUGCUUUUAAUUGGGAAUGGGAAGCGGUUCCGAAUGUAGCCUGUCCAGAAAUGGCUGUUCCUAUUCCUGGAGCAAUGGCUAGCCAACAAUCGUCUAGCAUGCAAGUUAAUCAAAGUGUAGCUGGAGGUUUAGUAACAAGUGCAGCGGCCAGUAUUGCUUCUAUAUGGAGAGGUUGGACAACUAAUAAAUAGAAUGAGUUUAGGUUUUUUAUAUUACAAGAUUACUGCAGGCA